ACUGAAGCUGCCUCACCUUCGUCUCCGUCCUCCAUCCACUCCGGCGCCGUCAUCUUCCGCACCAAACGCAACCGACGGGUCUCCCCUCAAUCAACUCCAUCGUCUCCGAAACAUUCCCAAUAACGGUCCAUCUCCAUCGACGCAUCCAAGCUGAACUGGCCGCAGCCCGCCCCUCUACACGCUUGCCCUCGUCUGCAUCCUCGUCGUCCUUAAAGGGAGGGGAAAGUGAACCACUUCUUCAUCCACCAGGUGUUACGCCAUGGAUCAGGCGAAGGAGGUGGAUCAGGUGAAGAUGGAGAAGGAGGUGGAGGUGGAGGUUAGUGCGGAUGAGGAUGCGGAGGUGGAUGAAGUGGAGAUGGAGAUGGAGAUGGAGGGGUUGGUGGUUGAGGAUGAGGAUCUGAACAAUGCUGGUUCUGAUGAGUUUCAUGAAGAAGUUAAGAAAUUUUUGGUUGAAGUGCAAAGACGGAAACAAGGAAAUGAUGGAAAAAAGGGAGAAUUAGACAGCUACACAAUUGGUAUACCUCUUUUGGUAGGGAAAAGUCAUCCCUAUUUCUAUGUAAUAGCCGAUAGUGCAAUAUUAUCCGAUCCAAAUUUCAAUGGAACAUACCUUGUUUAUUUUCGUGACGCAUCACCUAAUGAAAAUCAAACUCCGAAAGUGAAAGAUGCACAGCAUGUCCAAUUCCAUCUAUCGGACGUGAAAAUCCAAGAUGGAAUUGCUUUGAUUUAUGUCCCUCGUGGUAAAGUACCAAUACAGGCAGUCGAAAUUAGUGAUCGGCCUGUUUGUGAUAAUCAAACAGUGUAUUUGUUCAGCUACGAACCUAUUCCAAGGGAAGGCAAGAAAGGCAGGCUGACUCCAGGCAAUGUAACUUUUGCAGGUUUGGAGUUUCUUAGGCAUGACUGUGAUACUUUAGUUGCUGAUGAUAGCUCACGUGGGGACCAGGGAUCACCCCUUUUCAGCACUAGAGGUCAGCUUGUCGGUAUUAUAGAUGCAGAAGAUACACGUUUGGCUAUGAAUGGUGAAGGAAUAAGAAAACGAUUGAAUGCAAUGUUUAAUAGGAAUGAUGAGUGUAUGGAUGCAAUUUUGCAGCACGUGAGAACCAUUGGCGAUGAAAAAAGUCGUUGUUAAAAGGUCUUCAGAAGGGAGAACUUCAAAUCAUCAGCAGCAAGGAGCAAGGAGCCAGUCGGUUGCUGCUGCUAGCAUGAUCGAAGGAGUGUUCUGUUUUACUUUUAUAUUAAGUAGAAAGUAAUGGUUGAAAACCUUGGUGAAACUGCAUGCUUGAGUAGAGCAGCUAGAAAUGUUUGAAAUGUGGGAUGAGGGGGCGGCCUCAUUCUGCGAACUUUGAGAAACGCUGAUAUGUUUAUCGGUUUCAAUGGAAAAUGAAAUUGGGAGCUGUGAGCUCCUUCAGUUGGAAAAAAAUGUAACUUUUUUUUGUAAUGCUAUGUCCUGAUGUAAUCUUCUACGGAAUAUAUAUGUAAAAAGGAA